UAAGGGAUAGUGUAAGACAGCUAAAUUGGGUCCUGAAUGUCAAAACAAUUGAAAUGGCGGCUACUGCAAGAUGGAGUCUGUUGCUGUUAUUACGGUCACGCUCAGUUACACAUAAUUUCAGGUAUCCAGUAACUGAGAGAAAGAGAUGCUUCUCUCUAUCUGUUGUCCGUCAUGUUAGAAAACCUCAACUCCCCUUUAGGGGACCAGUGAGAUGGUUGUCCAUUCAAACCCAAGAUACACCAAACCCCAGAAGCCUGAAGUUCAUACCUGGUAAACCUGUCUUGGGAGCAGGGACACUGGAUUUCCCCACUUCUAGUACUGCAGAAUGUUCUCAAUUAGCAAGUAAUCUCUUUGAGGUUGAGGGAGUGAAGAGUGUCUUCUUCGGCCCAGAUUUCAUUACUGUGACAAAGACAGAUGAUGAUGUGGAGUGGAUUGAUAUUAAGCGACAUGCCAUUGAAAUCAUCACAAAAUUCUUUGAGAGUGGAGAACCCAUUACAACUGGAGCUACACAGUCUCACUCGGAGAACAGUCUCUCUGAGGAAGAUGACGAAAUUGUUUCAAUGAUUAAGGAGCUCCUGGAUACAAGGAUCAGGCCCACUGUGCAGGAGGAUGGUGGUGAUGUCAUCUUUAAGGGGUUUGAGGAUGGCACUGUGAAGCUGAAACUGGUUGGCUCCUGCACAGGCUGUCCUAGCUCCACAGUUACCUUGAAAAAUGGCAUUCAAAACAUGCUUCAGUUCUACAUACCUGAAGUGGACGACGUGGAACAGGUUGAAGAUGAAUUGGAUGAGAUCACUAAUAAAGUGUUCUCUGAAUUGGAACGCAAAUUGGACUCCUAGCCUGAUCUUGCUACUUCAGGUUUGGCAGACUACUUGUAGAACAACCCUGACAUACUUCAGGUUCUGAGCAGCAUCCUAACAACGUAGUGUAAUAUUAUGGUCAAUGGUUAACAUUUUUAGCUUUGCACUUUCCAAUAUUUAUAUUUAUUUUAUUUUGCCUCUGUAACGAGCCUCAGUCAGUUGUAUGCAUUACAAAGGGGUUUGCAAAUGAAAUGUUAGAUAUCAUUGUCCUUGGAAAGUUGCAAAUGCUGAAGAUGGUUAUGAUAUAUUUGUUGCAUAUUGCAAGUGAUUUUCGGGUGGGGUUCGGGGGUUGUUUUCUGAUCAUUUGAAAUGUGACAUUACACCCAAAGCAACUUCAGAAAAUGAAAGACCAAUUGUAUAGAUUGUGUUUUAAAAAGAAUGCAGAAAGAAAAAGCAGUUCCAGAAUUAACUUCCUUUUCCUGAAGGCCACACAUCUGUGAUGUGGAUGGACACAGUCAAAUUUAGUGUAGGAUUUAAAUAGAAGUUCAGACACAGAUUAUUACUGUCAGAAAAUGUAAGUUUGGACAUGAAUUAUAACCAAAUCAUACUGCUCUAGGUGAAAGUUACAGUGACUGUUCUGUUACUUUUGCCUGGUUAUUGUCUCACUUACUGCACUGUAAGCUAUGCUUUGUGUUGUAUUAAAAAAAAAAUGCAUACUCAUAUUC